AUGGAUGGAAAUUUUUCAUUUUAUUUUUUUUCAUUAUUUUUUUUUUUUUCAUUUAUCUUUUUUAAUUUCUUAUCUUUUUUUCAUUUCUUAUCUUUUUUCAUUUCUUAUCCUUUUUCAUCUUUUUUCAUCUUUUUCAUUUCUUAUCUUUUUCAUCUUUUUCAUUUAUCUUUUUUCAUCUUUUUUCAUUUCUUAUCUUUUUUCAUCUUUUUCAUUUCUUAUCUUUUUCAUCUUUUUUCAUUUCUUAUCUUUUUCAUCUUUUUUCAUUUCUUAUCUUUUUCAUCUUUUUUCAUUUCUUAUCUUUUUCAUCUUUUUUCAUUUAUCUUUUUCAUCUUUUUCAUUUCUUAUCUUUUUUUUUUUUCAUUUAUCUUUUCAUUUUUUUUUCAUUUAUCUUUUUUAAUCUUUUUUCAUUUAUCUUUUUCAUCUUUUUUCAUUUAUCUUUUUCAUCUUUUUUCAUUUAUCUUUUUCAUCUUUUUUCAUUUAUCUUUUUCAUCUUUUUUCAUUUAUCUUUUUCAUCUUUUUUCAUUUAUCUUUUUCAUCUUUUUUCAUUUAUCUUUUUCAUCUUUUUUCAUUUAUCUUUUUCAUCUUUUUUUUUCAUUUAUCUUUUUCAUCUUUUUCAUUUAUCUUUUUCAUCUUUUUCAUUUAUCUUUUCAUCUUUUUCAUUUUAUCUUUUUUCAUCUUUUUUUUCAUUUAUCUUUUCAUUUUUUUUUAUUUUUUCAUUUAUUUUUUCAUUUAUCUUUUUCAUUUAUUUUUUUCAUUUAUCUUUUUCAUUUAUUUUUUUCAUUUAUCUUUUUCAUUUAUCUUUUUCAUUUAUCUUUUUCUUUUUUUUUUCAUUUAUUUUUUUCAUUUAUCUUUUUCAUUUUUUUCAUUUAUUUUUUUCAUAUUUUUUUUUUCAUUUAUCUUUUUUCAUAUUUUUUCAUUUAUCUUUUUCAUAUUUUUCAUUUAUCUUUUUCAUAUUUUUUCAUUUAUCUUUUUUUUAUUUUUUUCAUUUAUCUUUUUUCAUUUUUUCAUUUAUCUUUUUCAUAUUUUUUCAUUUAUCUUUUUUUCAUUUUUUCAUUUAUCUUUUUCAUAUUUUCAUUUUUUUCAUUUAUCUUUUUUUAUUUUUUUCAUUUAUCUUUUUCAUAUUUUUUUCAUUUAUCUUUUUCAUAUUUUUCAUUUAUCUUUUUUUCAUAUUUUUUCAUUUAUCUUUUUCAUAUUUUUCAUUUAUCUUUUUCAUAUUUUUCAUUUAUCUUUUUCAUAUUUUUUUCAUUUAUCUUUUCAUAUUUUUUUUCAUUUAUCUUUUUCAUAUUUUUCAUUUAUCUUUUUUUCAUAUUUUUCAUUUAUCUUUUUCAUUUAUUUUUUUCAUUUAUCUUUUUCAUUUUUUUCAUUUAUCUUUUUUCAUAUUUUUUCAUUUAUCUUUUUUCAUAUUUUUUCAUUUAUCUUUUUUCAUAUUUUUUCAUUUAUCUUUUUUCAUAUUUUUUCAUUUAUCUUUUUUCAUAUUUUUUCAUUUAUCUUUUUUCAUAUUUUUUCAUUUAUCUUUUUCAUAUUUUUUUUCAUUUAUCUUUUUCAUAUUUUUUCAUUUAUCUUUUUCAUAUUUUUCAUUUUCUUUUUCAUUUUUCAUUUUUCUUUUUUCAUUUCUUUUUCAUUUAUCUUUUUUCAUAUUUUUUUCAUUUAUCUUUUUUCAUAUUUUUCAUUUAUCUUUUUUCAUAUUUUUUUCAUUUAUCUUUUUCAUAUUUUUCAUUUAUCUUUUUCAUAUUUUUUCAUUUAUCUUUUUUUUUCAUAUUUUUUCAUUUCUUUUUUCAUAUUUUUCAUUUAUCUUUUUCAUAUUUUUCAUUUAUCUUUUUCAUAUUUUUCAUUUAUCUUUUUCAUAUUUUUCAUUUAUCUUUUUUCAUAUUUUUCAUUUAUCUUUUUCAUAUUUUUUCAUUUAUCUUUUUCAUAUUUUUUCAUUUAUCUUUUUUCAUAUUUUUCAUUUAUCUUUUUUCAUAUUUUUCAUUUAUCUUUUUCAUAUUUUUUUCAUUUAUCUUUUUUCAUAUUUUUUCAUUUAUCUUUUUCAUAUUUUUUCAUUUAUCUUUUUCAUAUUUUUUUAUUUAUCUUUUUUCAUAUUUUUCAUUUAUCUUUUUCAUAUUUUUCAUUUAUCUUUUUCAUAUUUUUCAUUUAUCUUUUUCAUAUUUUUUCAUUUAUCUUUUUCAUAUUUUUUUUUUCAUUUAUCUUUUUUCAUAUUUUUUUCAUUUAUCUUUUUCAUAUUUUUCAUUUAUCUUUUUCAUAUUUUUCAUUUAUCUUUUUUCAUAUUUUUCAUUUAUCUUUUUCAUAUUUUUUCAUUUAUCUUUUUUUCAUAUUUUUUUCAUUUAUCUUUUUUCAUAUUUUUCAUUUAUCUUUUUUUCAUUUUUUUCAUUUAUCUUUUCAUAUUUUUCAUUUAUCUUUUUUCAUAUUUUUUCAUUUAUCUUUUUCAUAUUUUUUUAUCAUAUUUUCAUUUAUUUUUUCAUAUUUUUUUCAUUUAUCUUUUUUUUUUCAUUUAUCUUUUUCAUAUUUUUCAUUUAUCUUUUUCAUAUUUUUCAUUUAUCUUUUUUCAUUUUUCAUCUUUUUCAUUUUUUCAUCUUUUUUUCAUUUUUUUCAUUUUUUUUCAUCUUUUUCAUAUUUUUUUUUUCAUUUUCAUUUUUUCAUUUUUUUUUCAUUUUUUUUCAUUUUUUUUUUCAUUUUCAUUUCUUUUUUUUUUUCAUCUUUUUCAUUUCUUCAUUUUUUUUAUUUUUUCAUUUCUUCAUUUUUUUUUCAUCUUUUUUCAUUUCUUCAUUUUUUUUUCAUCUUUUUUCAUUUCUUCAUUUUUUUUUCAUCUUUUUUCAUUUCUUCAUUUUUUUUUCAUUUUUUUUUCAUUUUUUUUCAUUUCUUCAUUUUUUUUCAUUUUUUUUCAUUUCUUCAUUUUUUUUUCAUUUUUUUUCAUUUCUUCAUUUUUUUUUCAUCUUUUUUCAUUUAUCUUUUUUCAUUUCUUGUCUUUUUUCAUUUCUUUUUUCAUUUCUUGUCUUUUUUCAUUUCUUUUUUCAUUUCUUUUUUCAUUUCUAA